CAUGGGCUAUAGAUUGGAAUGGGGCCUUUCAUAACGCUAUGGUGGGGCUGUGCCUUCCAUUGUGUCAUUUGUCGAUGAGGCAGUGUUUGUUUACGGUGCGGCUCCCCACGUGCAGGUGUGGGAGUCAUGUCUUGCUCCGGGGAUAGCAACGCACUUCCGACUAUGGCUUCCUGCAGUGCUUUGGCGAGGAGGAGUGUCAGCAGGUCGUCCAGGGAAGGAGUGAAGAGGUGUCAUUCCCGGAACAGGAGCAGCAGCUCCAGUGCCUCGCCUGUUGGGCGGGGAAGCAGGCGCUCUGGCUGCAGGCGGAGGUCACCCACCCACUUGCAUGCCCGGUCCCCCCACCGAGCAUGAUACUGCGCCUGGGCCUUCUUUGCACUUUGUGUUGGAUGAGUUGGCAGUCUUAAGAGGUGAAAUUGCCAAGCUCAGUGCCAACCCGCCAAAGUCCGAAGAGGUGAAGAGGCCACUGCUUCUACAAGACAACCAUCCCCUGCUAACUUUUCUGGUUUUGUUGCUGAGAGUAGUGAGGAAGGUGAGAUCACAGAAAAACCCCGAGGAGCAGUGUUUUGCUCCUGAAUGCGAAAGACUUGGGGCCCCCUGACAUGGUUUCUGUGGACAUUGAUGACCAGGUUGCAGGGAUGGUCAACUUCUUGUUUGACAAUGGCAUGCAGGACAAGGACUACAAGGCCAUCUCUGAGGAUGUGCUUACCACACGACCUAAGAAUUGUCCUGCGCUGGCUCCUGUGGAGUGCAACCCACAGAUCCUGGAAGCACUGAAAACAGAUGCAAGAAAAGCAGAUGCUCACCUCAAGGAUGUAUGUGGGGGCAUUCUUAAGGCAGGUACUAUUCUUACUAAAUCUCUUCUGGCCUUGGAUCAGGUUGCACAGGAGUCCACUCACCUUGUCGUGGAGCGGGAGGUGAAUAAUAUUAAUGGUACCUGGGCACUUCUUGGCCACGCUAAUCAUAAGAAUAAUUUGGCGAGACGGUUUGUGAUGAAGAGGGAAAUUAACCAAAAAUAUUCCCACUUGUGUUCAGAUAAGUUGCCGAUGUCCCGUUUACUGUUUGGUGAUGAUGUGACUCAGUCUACCAGGCAGAUUGAGGAAUCUGAAAAGCUGCGGCAUAAACUAGCAGCCAAGAAAACAACCCCUGUUCUGUGGAGGUUCACAAGUGGCAGGUCCAGAGGCUUCUGGGGGAGGACGACUCACAGGACCUACUCACCUAGGUUCCAGCCCUACGGACUGCUCAGGGGCGUCAGGAGUGGCCAGCAGCAACAGCAGCUUCGUCCAGACCAGGAGUCAAAAAACGCCAGGGGCUGGGGUCACUUCAGGCCCUGGCGUUAGCUGAGGUUGGAGAAAAUUACUGACGCUUGUACGAGACUGCUUGGGAAAAGUAGAGAUAAGAUUUGGGAGAUGGCUAGAGUUACUGGCCUCCUGGUUGCUGCUAUUCCGGCAGUGGAGAUGGGCAAGCUGCAUUAUCGGCAGUUGGAAAUGGAGAAAAUUGCAGCAUUGUAGGUUGAAAGGGGAAAUUUUGAUUGGUGGAUGUCCAUUACGGAAGGGAUGAAAUCAGACUUAUGCUGGUGGAUUGAUAACAUUACCACACAGGACAGAAAAUUUUUUAGACCAGGCACUGAUAUCCACUUGUAUAAUGAUGCUUCUACUUUAGGUUGGGGAUGUCACCUUAACCAACGGUGUACUGGUGGUGGAUGGUCCUGGGAAGAGAGAUUGUUGCAUAUCAACGCUCUUGAACUUAAAGCUAUUUUCUUAAGUCUUCAGACGUUCAGACUGGACCUAAUUGGUAAACAUAUUAAAGUUUUUUGUGACAACACCACUGCUAUCAAUUAUAGUGCCUGGGUUACAUGCUCACAUAUUCCAGGUAAGGACAACACAAUUGCCGACAUGCAGUAACACACAAUUAAUGAUAGGCAUGAGUGGAAGCUUAAUGAAAAUGUUUUUCAACUUUUGUGUGGGGUGUUUGGCACACCAGUUAUAGACUUGUUUGCCUCAAGACUUAAUAAGCAAAUUGCUUCUCUUUGUUCCUGGCACCCGGACCCAGAAGCAGGAUUCUUCGAUGCCUUCUUGCUAAACUGGGCUAACUUUGACCUGUCCUACAUGUUUCCACCAUUUUCUUUGAUUGCUAGGUGCCUACAGAAGCUGCGGGCAGAAGGGGCGAGGGGGUGGAUGAUUGUUCCCAUGUGGAUGUCACAGCCAUGGAUGGGGACUUUGCUCGGCAUGUUGGUUGACCACCCCCGCCUCAUUGCAAUGAGAAGAGGUGUUCUCACACAUCCGUCCUCCAAUGCGGAGCAUCCGGUCAUGCGUCACACCAGACUAAUGAGAUGCUUGCUGUCAGGGAGCAGGUCCGAGCACAAGGAGUAUCUGCAGAGGGUGCGGAUAUCAUCGUGGCCUCAUGGACAGCAGGUACAGAGAAGCAGUACCGACCGCAUUUCAGAAGAUGGUCGCAGUUUUGUAGUAGGUGGAACAUCAAUUCCAUUAAUCCCAAUGUCAGCGACAUAAUAAACUUCUUGUCUGAUACUUUUCACAGAAAUGUGAGGUAUGAAUCGGUCAUUACGGCGAGAAAUGCUAUCUCUUCUUUAGGCAUUGUAGUGGAUGGUUGCAGGGCUGGUAACCACUCCUUGGUCAUCAGAUUUAUGAAGGGAGUAUUUAACCUGAGACCACCCCUACCUAGGUAUGCUGCGACUUGGGACGUCCAGCCUGUUCUAAGGCAGUUGCAAUCCAUGCACCCGUUGCACACAUUGUCUCUUAAGGACUUGACUCUAAAAUUAGUUAUGUUGAUGGCACUGACACAGGCUGUGAGAUUACAGACUUUGCACUUAUUGACAAUUAAGGGUUUAUGCAUCGAGCAGGAUUUCAUUAUGGUUCCCCUAAGUGGAAACAUCAAGCAAUGCAGGCCGCAGUUUAAUGUGCAUGUGAUAAAAUUUCAAGCUUAUCUUAAGGAUGCAAGCUUCUGUGUGUAUGGAACUUUACGGCAGUAUCUUGCCAGAACACAGGAACUUAGACAAGGCAUGGAGCAGGAGUCUUAUAGUUUAUUUCUCAGCUUCAUCAAACCACACAAAGCAGUUACUAGAGACACCAUUGCUCGGUGGCUCAGGAAGAUGUUGGAUAGGUCAGGGAUAGGUACUACUAGAUUUACGGUUGGCAGUGUUCGAGCGACUGCAGCAUCCAAGGCCAAGGUUAUGGCGGUGCCCAUUAAUUGUAUUAUGGCGAAAGCAGGGUGGACAAGGGCAAGUAAUUUUGCUAAAUUUUAUGAUAGGCAUGUGGGCACAACAGACCCAUUUCAGGAUGCUAUACUACAAUAAUAAUGAGUUUUUUGCAAAUUUUUCUAUGAACACUGUGGAAUGUUUUUUUGCUGAUGGAGGCAGACAGGAUGUAUUUUGGACUCUGGAGAAUUUAGGAUGGAUUUGUUAAAGUAUUGAUUGGGUGGUUGGUAUGUUGGGGACCAAUGUCUGGGUGAUGCAUUUAUUUUCGGAUUUAAUGUAACGUUUUGUAUAAUGAAGGUUACUGGUUUGCACAGUUUAUUUUUGUCAUCCUACAUUCUGGUUUGGUUAUUCGGUUACAAUUUACCAGGAACAACACCCACGUGGCUUCAAAGCCUCAUGGGAAUGCUUACCUCAACAGAGGGUGAUUUGACGAAGUAA